AUGCAGAAAAAUGUUCUGGACAAUCAUCAUCAUCUCUGCCGCUCCAACUCCAAAUCUAACAGCGGACCGCCUAGUUGUCCUCUCUCAGGUCAUUGUCCCGGCCAGCUUAACCAGAUAUGCCAGACCGGCCAGCUCAACCAGCCAGAGACCGGCCAGCUCAACCAGACCCAGACCGGCCAGCUCAACCAGACCCAGACCGGCCAGCUCAACCAGCUCCAGACCAGACAGCUCAACCAGACGCAGACCGGACAGCUCAACCAGACCCAGACCGGCCAGCUCAACCAGACCCAGACCGGCAAGCUCAACCAGACCCAGACCGGACAGCUCAACCAGACCCAGACCGGCCAGCUCAACCAGACCCAGACCGGACAGCUCAACCAGACGCAGACCGGACAGCUCAACCAGACCGAAACCGGCCAGCUCAACCAGAACAAGACCGGACAGCUCAACCAGCCCCAGACCGGCCAGCUCAACCAGACCCAGACCGCUCAACCAGACGCAGACCGGACAGCUCAACCAGACCCAGACCGGCCAGCUCAACCAGACUCAGACCGGACAGCUCAACCAGACCCAGACCGGACAGCUCAACCAGACGCAGACCGGACAGCUCAACCAGACCCAAACCGGACAGCUCAACCAGAACAAGACCGGACAGCUCAACCAGCCCCAGUUCGGCCAGCUCAACCAGAUGGGUCAGCUCAACAAGACUAG